GAAUAAUUACUCUCUUCCUUUUAGAGCUUUUUGCUUCUCAAUCUCCGAGGCCAAUACACCAUUAUUCACUCGCUGGUAUCAGGUGGUGGUGGUAGCCGUCGUCGCAUCCCGAAUUCAAGCCGAAAACCCUUUAACCCCAGAUGGUCUUCUCUUCUUCCUUACUCAAAUAUGGACUUUGAAGCCCUAAUGAUUGGAGCUCAGACCCAGUUCUCUGUUUUCAGACUCUGGGGGUUGUCUUAUCGAGCUAGAAUGCCCCACUUUAUUGUGCUUCUUUUGUGUACCAUUUUUUGUCUUGCAACAUGUGAACCGUGCUCUAAAAAUGGCAAACAAAAAUCAGCACAAUAUGAGGCUUGCAGGUCUUAUGAAGAUAAUUUGAAUGCUGCCUUUCAAGAUGUCAGUACUGAGUAUGGAAAUCCAAGAACCUACUUAAAUAUUGAUAGCAUUUGUACCAAUUCACAAUCAUUCUGCUUCCCUUCAACUUUGCGAGGUUUCUCUUCUAAUGAUCUUAGGCUUGAAGCAGCUGCAGUCGAUGCUUCUGGUAGUCAGUAUGAUGAUUCUAUAACUGUAGGAUCAGCUGAAGAUACUAGGGAAACAAGGAAUAAUAGCUGGUCGAUGGAUUAUGGCUUGUUUAAGUUAUUUAAUGGAAGAACUGUUUCUUGCUCUUUGAAUUCAAGAGAAGGUACUAACAAGUUAUCAUCCAUUCAGUCAGAUAGUGCUAUUCAAAAUGAUGUUUCUUCCUGUAAUGCACCUUUGCUUAAUCAGAAGAGCACAAGUUCUAAGGCUAAAGUCAACAUUGAGAUAGCCAAAUCUGAUUCUUUUAAAGGUUCUUCUUCACGUCAUGUAGAAAUUAACCCUGCAAUAUUGGAUUGGGGUCACAAGUAUAUGUAUUUCCCUUCUUUAGCAUUUUUAACGGUGGAAAACACAUGUAAUGACAAGAUUUUACAUGUCUAUGAACCUUUUAGUACUGACUCACAGUUUUAUCCCUGUAAUUUUAGUGAAGCUUUACUAGGACCUGGUGAAGCAGUUUCAAUUUGUUUUGUUUUCUUACCUAGAUGGUUCGGUUCAUCCUCAGCUCACCUCAUUUUGCAAACAAGCUCUGGUGGUUUCGUGAUACAGGCUAAGGGUUUCGCCAUUGAAUCUCCUUAUGGAAUUACGUCGUUAGUAGAUGUUAAUGCAUCUUUUGGUAGAAGGUGGAGUAGGAGUUUGUCUUUGUCAAAUUCCUUUGAUGAAACCCUCUCUGUGGAGAAAGUGACUGCAUGGGUAUCUAUUUCUUUAGGGCAGACUUCCAUUUACACAGAAGCAAUUUGUAGUGUCAGAAACUUUGAAGAUCCAGAGUUGCUUGAUUUUCCAAGCAUUGAUGAUUGGUUGCUUGUAAGGAAUGGUCAAUUUGGUUUCCCCCUGAUGGGUAUGAGGCCCCUUAAAAACUGGGAAAUUGGUCCACACAGCACUGAAACUAUUAUAGAAAUAGACUUCUCCGUUGAAUCAAAAGGAAAAGUUUUUGGUGCAUUAUGUAUGCAAUUGCUAAGGCCUUCACAGGACAAGUUUGACACUGUUGUGGUUCCUUUUGAAGCUGAACUGAAUGGAAAAGCAGUACAUGAGGUAUCAGGAUCUGUUUCAGUAUCUCUCGAGAUAUUAUAUCCAUAUAAUUCCAGUGAAGCUGUAGUUGCUAUCUCUUUACGAAAUGGUGCCCCGUUCCUUUUGAAUGUUGCUAAGAUUACCGAAGUUGCUGAAACCCAAGUAUUGCAUAUUAGAUACAUGGAAGGCUUACUACUCUUUCCUGGCAGUGAUACACAAGUUGCUGUUGUUACUUGUAGUCAUAUGCGUGAUUCUCCACCAGAUUUACCUAACAUGUAUGAGAACUGUAAAUUGCAUGUACUGACAAACGACUCCACUAGUCCUCAGAUAGAAGUUUCUUGCCAGGAAAUAUUUCAUGUUUGCUCCAGAAAUUUGAAAGAUUCUUCUGUUGGAUAUAAAGGUCACUCUGAAAUUGGUGAAUCUGGCAUUAGCAGAACAAUACCCUUAAGCAGUGAUGUGUACACGCCAUCAGAGACCAAGGGACUGGAAGCAUCAGAUGCGGAUGAAUUAGUGCUAGAAAACUGGAAAUCUCAAGGUGCUAGAGGUGGCAUGUCUGUGCUUGUUGAUAAUGAGCUAUUGUACCCAGUGGUUCAGGUUGGAAGUUUUCAAGCUAAGUGGAUCUCUGUGAACAAUCCUAGCGAAGAACCAGUUAUUCUGCAGCUUAUUCUGAACUCGGGAGAGAUUAUUAAUGAAUGCAAGGGCACAGAUGGUCUUAUACAGCCUCCUUCAUCAGGUAGUUUGGUUCACGAAGAAUCUAAUAUUCCAAGUAGGUAUGGCUUUUCAAUAGCAGAGAGGGCAGUAACAGAAGCUUAUUUACAUCCUCAUGGUAGUGCAUCUUUUGGGCCAAUACUUUUUCGCCCCUCAUCUCGAUGCGAGUGGAAAAGUUCUGCCCUGAUAAGAAACAAUCUUUCUGGUGUUGAGUGGCUUUCUCUUAGGGGAUUUGGAGGUUCACUUUCUCUACUUCUGCAUGAAGCAUCUGAGCCUGUUCAGAGUAUAGAGUUUAACUUCAGCUUACCGGUUCCUGUCAACCUCUCCCCUUUGGGUAUUUUUGCUAACAUGGAAGACACUUAUUAUUCCUGUUCGCAGCCGCUGUUGAAGAAGCUAUAUGCAAAAAACACUGGUGAUUUGCCAUUGGAGGUAAGAAAAAUAAAAGUGUCCGGCAAAGAUUGUGAAUUAGAUGGUUUUAUGGUACAAACAUGCAAAGGUUUUGCUAUUGAACCAGGAGAAUUGACCGAGGUUCUGAUAUCAUAUCAGACAGAUUUUUCUGCAAGUGUGGUACACCGAGAUCUCGAGCUUGUCUUGGCUACUGGUAUUCUUGUAAUACCCAUGAAGGGUACCCUCCCAAUGUUUAUGCUCAAUGUCUGCAAGAAAUCAAUUUUCUGGACACGCUUUAAGAAAUACACUACAGCGAUCUUUGUCGCAGCAUCUUUGUUGCUUCUGAUGUUCUGGUUCAUAUUGCCUCAGGUGUUGGCCUUGGGCUCCUAUGAUUGUUUCUGCAAGAGUUACAAAGGUUCCUUGGCUACUACUUUAAGUACAGGAAAAUGCCCUCGCAGACUUAGCCUCGGAAACAGUAAAUUUUCUUUGUUCUCUGAGAUGGAUAAUUUAAUUGCCAAGUCUUCUCCUCCAGCAUGUAUGGGUUAUUCUGGUUAUCAGGUUGGGCCGCCUGAUCAACGGACUCAAUAUGUGAAGCCAAUUCGGGAAAAUGAUAAACAAUCUAAUGAUUUGUCAGAUAGAAGAAAAGAGAGAGAAUUGCCUUCAUCUUUGUUGUCACAAUCUCUACAUAUUGAGAAUUCUGACACACAAGAAACACCCCAACCUAAAAAUCUCACUAUCAAUAUCGAGAAGGAAAAGGGAAGAAGGCGACGAAAGAAGAAAGGUGUUGGCAACAAAUUGGUGGCACUUUUCGAAGUUUCCAGUAGUCAAAGUGGGAACUCUACUCCUUCAUCACCUUUAUCUCCAGGUGUUACGUCUCCAGCUGCAACACCAAAACAUCUGUGGCUGCAAUCACAUGACGCUGCGGACCAAACUAUUGAAGGUAGAAAUCAUUCACACUCUCAAGUUUGUAAUCAGCAGCACUCUGACAAGGAAGUUGUUACAAAAUCUAUUUCCAAGGCCAACACAUUGGAGUCCAAGUUUAUUGCUAAAAACCUGUCUAUCUCUGCUCAGGAGCAGCCUACAAUGCCAAGAAAAACAGGUACUCCUAGAUCUGUACUACUGCCCUCGGCUACAUUUCCUUCUGCUGGUAGACCUGCACCGACGAAUAUGUUGCACUCUUCUCCAUUUUUGGCUUCAAGCUCCACCAUUGCUCCGCAUGCACGAGCUCCUGGAUCCAGACUCGAUGAGCAGAAAGACAUGAAAGCAGUAGAGAAGGCUUCCCUUGGGGAUAAAUACACAUAUGAUAUAUGGGGUGAUCAUUUUUCUAGGCUUCAUUUGAUGGGUAAGUCAAAGAAUAUGUCUUCUCUUUUCUCUAAGGCUUUGGAGGAUGACUCUGAUAGCUUCUUUGUAAAGGGUCCACAGUCCCUCAUGACCAAGCCUCAACCAAAAUUUUCGAGUCUCCGUCAAGGGGGUUAAUAAUAAAGUAUGAAUAAUUUAUUGAA